AUGAAGUACCUGGACCAGGAAACCAAUUUAAGAAGAAUUCAGCUGGAAAGGGAGAUCGCCUUAGCAGAUGCUGAAGAGGAAGCUAUCAAAUUGGUUAUGAACGAAGAAGUGAAAAAUGGCAUAGUUCGCGAAGAUAUGAAAUCUGAUGAGAGAUUCGAACGAAAUUUCCGCGAAGCUAAAUUCGAUGUCGGAAAAACUGUCAUAAAACAAGAACCUUCAUUGUUGACACCGCAAGCACUUCCUUUUGCGCCGUUGACGCCGCCGAUAAGAGAAGCCGCUAGUCAAGUUAACAAUUUCGCUCCAAAGCGAGACGAGCCGACAACACAUCAAGAAGCGACUCUUAAACAAAUAGUCAGUCUCCAAGCGAAACAAGCGGAAUUAAGCGCUCUAAUUGUCAACCAGCAAAGAGCUAGUGCGCUUCCUUCUCAAGAACCGCCUGUCUUUAAAGGAAGUUAUUUCGAUUACCCGACAUUCAUAGCUGCCUUCGAUGCCAUGAUAGAGAAGAAAGUUCACUCAGAAAGGGAUAAACUGUAUUUUUUGAGCAAGUAUACUUCCGGCAAAGCCCACGAAGUCGUGAAAGGUUUCUUGACCUGGGAUUCUGACCAAGGUUAUGAAGAAGCUCGUAAGCUCUUGGCUCAGCGCUUUGGCAACCCAUUUCGAGUAGCGGAAGCUUAUAAGGCUAAAUUGCGAAAUUGGCCGCAGAUCGUCGAAGGCGAUAGCUCCGGUCUUCAAGAUCUCUCUGAUUUUCUUGUCCGUUGUGAAGGAGCCAUGCAGUCCAUGAAGUACAUGGAAGAUCUAAAUUCAACAAGGUUACUACAGGAAGUAAGCACAAAACUACCCUUCAAGUCAGGCUCCAGGUGGUGUCGCCAAGCACGUGAUGUUCUGAAGAAAACGGAGAGAACGGUAUCCUUCCACGAUCUAGUAGAAUUUGUCAGAGAAGAAGCAGAUCUCGCAAAUGAUCCGGUUUUUUCUCCCGAUGUGUUGAAAAGUAAAAAAAACAAAGCGCCUGAAAGAAGCCGAAUAACGAGAAGUCAGGGAGCAAACAGUUUUCCAUCGUUUUCCUCUCGUACACCGCCUCGGGAGAGCAGAGCAAGAGCCGAAACAGCAAAGUUCGUGCGUCUUCUGCGGCGGGGUCAUCAAUCGAAGAACUGUCGAGCUAGGUUAAAUUACGAGAAAUGCGGUAGGCAGCAUCCGACUCCACCUCAUGACCCUACGUAUAAAGAAGGAUCUAGCAACCAGAAUACUCCUGAAUCAUAUCGGCCCAAUCCGGUCCAAAGUCAUCAAGUAAGUGCAGAGGUCGCGAACGACGACAGUACAAUCUCCAACCCCAAUGUCGGUGUGUGUAGCACUGUGAGUGGGCAAGGCAUUGUAACGAACUCUUUAAUCAUCCCAGUCUAUAUGUUUCGUAAGAGUCACCCCGAACUUAAAGCCAAGGUUUAUGCGUUAUUGGAUGACGCUAUUGACACGACGUUUAUCAAAACGGACGUGAAAGAUAAGCUUGGAAUCCCUGGAGUUAAUUUGAAACUUAUCCUCAGUACCAUGCUUGGAAUUGAAGAAAUCAACGUUUGCAGAGUGGAUGGGCUGGUAGUUGAGAGGAUAGACCAGCGCGUUCAAUUCGAGCUACCCAGGACGUACUCCAGAGACCAGAUACCAUCAAGAAGAGACCAGAUUCCUAGUCCUGAAGUUGCAGCUGUGUGGCCACAUCUCCAAAGGAUCAAAGACUAG